UCUGCCUCCGAAGCCGGAGUUCCCAGGCCCAGUUCACCACACGUUCUGGUUAGCCAGAAGUCGUGUCCGGACUGAUAUGACCGCCUCACGCAGGCCAUCCCGUCACCCUGGUCAUCGGGUCACCUACCAUUUGGUCCCUGUGCUUCCCCGGCGGGAGUUCUGCAGGUGCAGGGUCUAGGGGAGCCCACCAGUGCCCAGCCGGCCCCCGAGAGCUUGCACCUGUUGUCACCCCCACGACCCUGCGUGACUGCUAAAGACCAGGGAGCCGAAGCUGCGGAGUUGGGAAGGGGCCAGGGCCAGAGAUGGGGCACUGGGGGCAGGUUGGCCCAGCCCACCAACCGGAGGGAAAGUGUAGUUGGGGAAGUGAGCUGAAAACACUGUUACUUGUGUCUGAAGUCCGUGUGGUCAAUUGCAAGCUAAGUAAGGUUUACCUACCAAGUUGUGUCAAACGUUUAUUGUUAACUAGAAAAGUGGAAAAUCCCCAAGUAGCUGGUGUAGGCUAGGGAGGAACUCAGCCCCAGCUGGGGCACUGAUGGACUCAAACAAGGUUUGGGGACCCCAGACCACUGGCAGGCCCUAAGAUCUGAGGGCUGAUCGCACUUCCUCUGUGGGGCCAUGACCCCAGGUUUUCCUUGGUGAGACAUCGAGGGUGCAGAGCAUGCCCUGGAUGCAUCCUGCCUGAGUCACCCCAGGUUGGCGGUGCCCCUCAGAGCCCAAACCUUGGCCACACCUAUCUGAGAAUGAGGGGUGGGCGGGCUGCUGUGCUCCAGUUGCUGGGGCCUCUAGGGAUCUUGGGAGCCCCAUCUUUGAGCUCCACCCCAGGGCCCCACCCCUCCCGAGGAGGGAAAAGGGAGCUGCCAGGCUGCGCUCACAGGCUCUAGGAGGACUGGGAGGACAGACUGCCACCACUGGCCCUGCAGCCUGUGCCAUGGACCCUCACGAGAUGGUGGUCAAGAACCCCUAUGCCCAUAUCAGCAUCCCCCGGGCUCACCUGCGGCCUGACCUGGGGCAGCAGUUAGAAGAGGGUCCCUCAUCCACAUCCUCAGAGACACAGCCUCUGCCAGAGGUGACCUGCACCCCAGAGCCAGCCUGUCUCCUGCAGCCCACCAAAGGCCCAGGACCCAAAGGGGCCAAGGGGACUGCUCCUGACCAGAGCCAGCAGGCCUGGAAGCAGCCCUGCAACCCCUAUGGCAGUGGACAGCGCCCAGGAGGACUGACCUAUGCCGGUCUGCCACCCGUGGGGCGUGGGGAUGACAUUGCCCACCACUGCUGUUGCUGCCCCUGCUGCUCCUGCUGCCACUGCCCACGAUUCUGUCGCUGUCACAGCUGCUGCUGUGUGGUCUCAUAGCUACCCACCCCAUCGGGGCUGUGGGCCUAGGCCUCUGCUCAGCAGCCAAGGCAGUGCUGGACAUUAGGGGCGGCCAUGUCAUGGGCAUCUCUAAUUUCUGCCCCUGGACAAUGGGCAUUUGCCCACCAGGAAGACUACCAGCUCAGACUGGGCCCUUUGGAACAGAGUCCUGGACACUGGCUGUGUUGAUGGUGAUAGGGACACCCUGAUGCUUCCAACAAGGCCCUGGCAAUAAAGCAGUGUGAGC